UAACUUGCAGGUUUUAUAAGUGUCGACGCACACAUUUAUGAGCUAAGCUCGAUUUUAUUUGCGAUGAAAGUGCAAUGGAAACAAGCACUCUUCAAUCUUGCGUUGCUGACGACUACAUUGGCCAGAGGUCGUAUGUAUGCUCAAUCAAUUGUCUAUCCAACUUUAUUGGAAGCAAGAUCUAAUAACGGAACUAAAGUUGUUCAACUCAACGACCAAAUUACCCUGAAUCUUGUACCAACUGACGUUUUUUCCAAUACUUUUGUGCUUUCGACCGCAACAAAUAUAAAUCUUCAACACAAAGAAAUUGAUAUAACAAGAAUUCGGAAAACAAUAUAUCACGACGGAGCUUCCAUGGCGGCAAUUUCUAUGCAAGAUGUGGAAGGAACCAUUGAAAUGACAGGAUUGAUAGGCGACACACUACGCAUAGAACCGCUGCCAUUUUCGAAACGAACAUUAAAUGGUGUACUGCCUCAUCGUUUAUUUCACGCGAGGAAUAUCGUGGCCCGAGAUGACGUUGAAGUGUCCGAAACAGUAAAUAUCACAAGAAGCCCGAAGGCGAAACGCUUUCAACGAUAUUCCAACUACGCCGUUUUGGAAAUUUACAUCAUAAUCGACGUAUUAUUCUCAAAACGCUUUCCCAAAGAUGCCGAUGCAAUCAACUACUUGGCCGUGACUGUAGCUUCAGUCAACCUUAGAUACAUAUCAGUGAGCAAAAUCCAAAUCAAAUUUACACUCGUCGGAAUGCUCCGUCUCUCACGCGAGCUUGAAGACGAUUUUGUAAUGAUGGACGGACAUUACAUGGACGGUCAGGCCACCCUACUGAGACUGGUGAUGUUCUGUUACAAGAUGGGGCUGCAUAACGCUGAUAUCAGAUAUUUCAUCACAGGGUGGGUUAUUUAUUUAUUUUAUUUAUUUCGUCUUGAAAAGGUCUCGAAAUACACACGACAGCCCAUGAGAAGUGGUAUUUCGUAUUUCUUCACACUUCUUGUGGCACAAAAACAACAUGUAUCUUUUUCUCGUUUUUCUUCUUUUUUUUUUUUUUUGCUAAAGCCGCGACAUCACUGGAAUGUACAAGGGAAGGAUGAGCCCUAUCAUGGGAGAUUGGGUUGUGUUCACGAUGGUGAAGGCCCAAGAAGAGAAAUACCUGGACACGAGGGUUCCAUAAAGCCGGAGUGUGCUGCCUACCUAGGCUACCUAAUGAGCUACAGCAGAAACAAUGACAAAAAGCAUUACCAGUUUUCCCCCUGCUGUCAAGCACAGAUCAAGCUUUUUUUGGGGUUAGUGUCGGACGAAUGCAUUCAGGAGACGUUCCAAGUAACCCAAAUCAUACCAAGGAGAGGAUUUCUACCGGGACACUGGCUUAGCCCACACAGAUACUGUAUUAUGAAACAACCCAAGUUAAGAACAGCUCCAGCGACUGCGCUGAUGGCCAACAAGAACUGCAAGCUGUCAUGCCAAUACCUUGCUGGUAGUUACACAAUAACAGUUGAGUACGACGCUUUGGACGGAAUGCGUUGUGAACAGGGCAUGGAAGGGCUUACACAGAAGGGCCGAGCCGUGGACAGGAAGGUCCCAUUUGUGUCAUUCUCAUUUGACAAUUCAUGCUGACGCAAGCAUAAGUUCACACACUUUCCGGUUUGGACUAUGUAACUUUGCCUCAUGAAAGGGCUUUCCGAUAGACUACCACAACACUACAAUCUAUACGUACGUAGGAAUUGGUACGCUUUUUUUGCACCCUUGCAACCUAUUUCUACUUCCUAUACAUGAACAUACUUCUUCGCAUCCAUGCUCGGUGCACAUGUGUAAGCCACUCCUGAAAGAAGUAAAGAUUUUGUGCCAGUGCUGUAAUAGCGGAACGAGGAAGAUACACGAGGCAUACCAUAUAAGAAGGGACUUGAGUGUGUAAGUGAUACCUCAGUUUAUCUGCACAAAAGUGAGAGGGGGUUCAUUGAAGAGCGUAGUGCAUGUUGCCUGAACAGAAAUUAAGUUAUUUUUGAUGCUAUAGGUCUUGCCGCACACAUGUAGUUGUGUAUUUAUGGGUUGUACUUAUAUGUGGACUUGGUAGAAUAAAAGUUAGUUACAAGGCUGCA